AGGGUUCAGGUGACCAAUCAGGGUCAGUGCUCGGCUUGGGACCGCUCCCUGCACAAGUCUGGAGGAUUUCCUGCGUUUUUGCCCCAAAUUUCAUCGAUUUUUCGACAGUUCUGGACAUGCAAUGAUGGAGAAAAGAGGCCUAAGAAACCACAGAACUGUUUGGAGCCCAGUGCAUCCCCUAGCGGCGUGAUCGACAGUUUAUUUGGCUGCAUUUCGGAAGAAGGAGCGAGCCGGUGCGGAAAGCCCUCUGAUCAAUCGUGCACGCAUCGCGCCGGGACUGACUCUAGUGUUGUUGGUUUUGUCCUAAAUCUGACGUUUUUGGACUCAAAAUGGGGAACGCGAAUGCUUGUUGUGUGGCACCACAAGGACAACGGGGGAAAAAGAAGGACAGAUCGGAUGUUUACGCGCCAGAACCGGAAGUACCGAAGGAAGAAAGCAGCGCGAACCUUCAGCACAUCAGCGACAGGGAAGUCGCCGAAGACCAUGAGGAGGACCCGUCCAACCACCCCCGAGCCAGCACCAUCUUCCUCAUGAAGUCUACUGCACCCAACGGAAAAGUACUAGAACUAACCUCCCACCAUAGACAAGAUGGCUUGUUGGUGCACCAUUCUUCAAAGAAAAGAAACAAUCAUCACAUUAACCAUCAACAAGAAUCACCUAACAACCUGAAUAAGAAGUUCAGUUCCUGUUCUACUAUCUACAUAGAUGACAGUACUGUCAGCCAACCCAACCUCAAAAACACUCUCAAAUGUGUUGCUCUUGCCAUUUACUACCACAUAAAGAAUAGGGACAAAGAUGAGAUUUGCAAAACUCUGGACAUAUUUGAUGAAAAGCUUCAUCCUCUAACAAAGGACUCUGUACCAGACAACUAUGAUGCGAUUGAGCCUGAACACAGACACAUCUAUAGAUUUAUCAGAACUCUGUUCAGUGCUGCACAGCUGACUGCUGAGUGUGCUAUCAUCACUUUGGUUUAUCUGGAAAGAUUGCUGACGUACGCUGAGAUUGACAUUGCGCCGUGUAACUGGAAGAGAAUCGUGCUGGGCGCCAUCCUGCUGGCCUCCAAGGUGUGGGACGACCAGGCGGUGUGGAACGUGGACUACUGCCAGAUACUCCGAGAUAUCACUGUGGAGGACAUGAACGCCCUGGAGAGACAGUUCUUGGAGCUGCUGCAGUUCAACAUCAACGUUCCCUCCAGCGUCUACGCCAAGUACUACUUCGACCUGCGGUCUCUCGCUGAUGCCAACGAGCUCAUCUUCCCUGUGGAACAACUCAGCAAGGAGAGGGCACAGAGAUUAGAGGCUACCUCCAGAGCAUGUGAAGAGAAGAUGAAGGAGGGAAACAAACCAGAACUGAAGCGGACCGUCAGCGCUGAAAACAUGUCCCCCCGACUCAGCAGGGUAGUGCUCUCAUAGCUCCGUGUCAAACUGCUGUAUUUAAGACUUUUAGCGAUAAAGAAGUCAUAGUCUUCUUGUUUAGGGUGCGGUCACAUAGGUCAUGCGAUCGUUGUACAAUUUUGAUGCUGUGGGAUUUUCAAGCAGGCCGUGAGAGAAACAACCACCGACAUGGAUCCAAAACAGCAUUUUGUGUACCAAGACAAUUGAACUUUGCAGGAGACGUACAUUUUUGUCCUGCAAAAUGCCCGAAGUUAGCGAUUACACGACGAUCACAUGACCUAUGUGACGAUGCCCUAAUGGAAGAAUAUGUGACAGUUUUAACUUUUCUUACUGUGGACAGCACAUUGUAAGUAAUAAGUAUUGUCCUGUAAAUGGAAAAACUUAGUCUUAGAGUCAAAAGGAAGUCUUAGAGUUAAGGAAGACUCCUAGAAGAAGUUGUCCUUCAUGUCUUGGAAGGAAAUAAGCUGCAAUGCAGAAUCUAGUAGGAUCCGUAAGGCUAUAUUUUUGUUCUCAUCACCCGACACAUUACCUUUCCAUGUAACGAUGCCAUAUUUAAGACUUCACAAGAUUUGUUUUAAGAAAUAAUGGUCCAGUUUUGAGAAGCGUAUCAGGGGCCAGAUCAUGAUCAUCGUCUUAUACAUCAUAGGUUAAGAUGGACAUCUUGGGACAAUCUUGUAUGUUUCAUACAAAACUUGGUUGCCCAUUGACAGAAUAGGUUUUCAUAGGACAUUAUUUGUUUCUGACGAAGCCUUUGGCAAACCCUAUGGCAAAAAACAUUGUAUGAUGAAUAUGACCAUGGUUUAGGUGGAAAAAUUACAGCAGGACCAUAAAAAUGAAAGAUCAGCACAGCAAAGAGAAAACCAAAGAUCACAUUUUACUGUGGUAUUAAUAGGAGAACUGCAUGCAAAUGCAUAACAGUCAUUCAGUAAGUUAUAUUUUUCAUUGGAAAAAGGUUCCAUGCUUGAUCAUGGUAAGAAUUAUCAUCACAAAAUUUACCAGAAUGAAAAUUGAUUGAUCAAAGUUGCUGAAAAUGAAUAGGCCUGUGUAGAAAAUGUUACACUGUCAAGAAAUCACUUAAAAAGAAACAACUCUGAACUUAAUUUAGUAAAAUUGCAUGUCAUUCAAAGCAAUAUUGGAUAUUGGAAUAUUGGAAUUAUAUUGGAAUACCAUACUUGCGUUAGAAUGGCCUACCAUUACAAUAUAGCUCUUUCAACGAAGAAAUGAAACAAGAAACAGAUUGCACCAGCCACUACUUUAUUAGUACAUGUACAAACAAACAUCAUGAAUAAAAUGUCUUAAUCAAAUACAGUAUGUGCAAGCCUAUGUAAUGUACAAAUGUAUAGCUGUUUCAUAGUGAAAGGCAAUGAAAUUUAAUUGUUUCUUUGCUUUGCUUUCUUUUUUAAAUUGUUCUUCUCUGGUAGUUUCUGGACAAGCUUAUUUUGCUUUUUCCUAUAUACAGAAACUGUAUUGUUUUUGUCCAAGCCAUCUUUUAUGUAGAUCAUUUGUCUUGAGCUCUUGUCAUCUCGGCUGCCCUACUCUUCAUCAGAUCUACCAUAAUGGGAUGAUGAUUUUGUAAACUGAAACUAAGGCCACACCAAUUUAAUUUCUUGGUUCACGGAUUCGCUCGCUCCUAUUUUUUGGAAAAUAAAAUAAAAAUAAAAA